AUGUCUGCCGAUCCAUUUGAUCAGCUCCUUGAGCUAGAAGACGAAUAUUACAAUGAAGGCUAUGAGGCCGGUGUAUCUGACAGCCGUUAUGCUGGCAUGAUUGAAGGGAGAACCUUUGGGAUAGAAAAAGGAUUCGAGAAGGCUCUCGAACUCGGAAAGUCCCAUGGACGAGCAACGCUUUGGCACUCACGCAUUUCAGUCACAAGAGAAUCAGAUCAAAGUCAAGACGAGCAAACCCCGCAAUCAUCGGCUAUUGCAACUGAGGCUACUCUGCUACGCGAGAUCAUUCAGACACUAGGAAAUAUUCCAUCCAAUGCCAGACUCCAGAGGCACAUUGAAACUCUCUUGUCUACCUCGGAUCCGACUAUGGUUGUAAAGGACAAUACGGACGAGGCAGUUACCGACUUUGACGACCGUCUGGCCAAGGCUAAUGCUAAACUAAAAGUCAUCGCAAAUAUUGCCGGUGAACCUGUUAAUCCAACUUCCACCGGAAAUACUGGCAUCGAGGAUGCCACCGGUCUCAAUGCACGACAUUAG